GUUCUACGAAACAAUACGACUCCGUUGAGCAACGCCCCGCCCGCCUUUCACCUGCUACAAAUUUGCUUCACCGAAUAAUUUCGGGCACCGUGAUUUGUCUCUCCAUUCCUCUCCCUCUCCCUCUCUCCACAGAAACUCCAUGGAACCCAAUGCUUCAAGCCUCCUCCCUUCCCCGUCGUGUAAUCCCACCCAAAACCCUAAUCCAGUUGCCAAAGAGAGAGACUUCUUGAACCACCUCGAAGCCUACUUAGCAAAGCGAGACGGCGUUGACAAGCUUCUCAAGAUCUCAAGGUACGCCACCAAGAUCAUCCUCGCUUCAUCCCUCCUGCCCGAAGCCCUACCCCUCUCUCGCCGGUUCAAGGCCUUCGAAUCGAGCGUCGGCGUCAGUCGCAAAGCCUUCAGGCUCGGUAAGUUCGUCCAGGACUUGAACGCUCUACGGUGCUCAUCUUUCGACUCGACACAUGAAUUGGUACUCUCGAUGAUUGCCUACGGAGGCGAGGGUUUGUAUUACUUUAUCGAACAAUUCGUGUGGUUGGCGAAAUCGGGGUUGAUUGACAGCAAACACGCGCGCAAUUUGCAGAAGAUCGGUGCCUGGGCUGAGUUCAUCGGGUAUGUGGGGAGUAUUAGUUUGAAAAUUAGGGAUUUGAAGAGGAUUGCUGCUGACGAAGAGCGAUUGAGGUCGAUCAUUGAAAUUGCGGCCACGAGAGGGGAUAAAUUUGGAGAGGAAGAGAUGAAGAUGCGGAAAUUGAGGGAGAAGAAGUUGAUGAAGAGACUGUCGGUUGUGCAAGAUCUGGCCGAUGGAGUGAUGGUCUUCGCUGAUAUUCGGGAUGGAGAAGGGCGGCUUUCAGGGCCUCUUUUGAUAUCAUCAGCAGGACUUCUAUCGGCAUUAAUUAGUGCUCACAAGAAUUGGUUGUCUUGCUGAUUUCGGUUACCACUCACUCCGAGAUGGAAAGUGCAAUGAUCUAUCUGAGGAAUCUGGAAGACCCGGGGCUAUCAUAUCUAACCAUAUAUCUUAUUUGGACAUAUUAUAUCACAUGUCUUCCUCCUUUCCAAGCUUUGUGGCUAAG